CAUGAUGUCACUGAAAGGAGUUUCAGUACAAGUCCAACACUCUGAGAACCAAGUCCAAAAAGUCUAAACAAACAUAAACCUACUCUUGCUCAUUUGAGUCAUUUCUCACUAAUAAUUCCUUAAAGCUUCAUCAAUUUUCCAGUUUUUAUUUCUAUUUCCUUUUAUAUUUAUUUUUGGUUAGCAACGGUCUCAACCCACGAUCCCCAGAAACAUCAACCACGUUCUCCAAUCUCUCUCUCAAUUUCCAAUUUUCUGCAAAAUUUUUAUACUUAAUUGAGAAGAAGAGAGAGAAAAUUGACCAAAAAAUAAAUAAUUUGAGAUGGAAACUCCAAAAAUUGAAGGCUAUCUUACUGGGAGCUACAGAGAAUCCUUUGCUUCUCAAAGACAUGUUUCUUACAGUUGCGGUGCAUGCGGUUAUGAGCUGAAUUUGAGCUCAUCCAACAGGAAUACUGCAACCAUUGGCUCAAAAUAUGGAAAAUCUAUAAAACGAGGGAUCAUUUCAUUUUUUCAAAUUGAUGAGAGCAGAUUUAUGAAGGUUGAUGAAAUCAGAUGUGUACCAUAUUUCAUAUCGAAAAAUUCUUGGGGUUUAUUUCGUAGAAGAACCAAGCUCCUUUGUCGCAAAUGUGGGAACAAUGUUGGUGAAGCUUAUGAUGAUAAAAAUUCCUCCUAUCCAAUUGUACCUGAUGGAUCAAAUACCAGUGAAAUUGGCACUCCGAGAAAAUUUGACAUAAGAAUCCGUGCAUUACAACCUUCAUCCACUGAUCAAGCUGGUACUCCACUGGUUCUUUGAUGUAGAGUGAGCAAGGUUCUGUUACGCACCAUUUGACUGCACACUGCCAACGGUCAUCAAAGGGCUUCAACGGUUCAAUUGCACAUAAUUAAGAGCACUUCUGUAUGGUGAAGUAAAACACCAGGUAUUUAUAUUAAGAAAUUAUGUUCUACAUUGUUAACUGUACAGUUCCUGAGUGAUAUAAAAGUAUUUAUGUUUGGAAAAGAACGAUGUUUAUGUUUAGAAGAGUAAAGCGAUGCUCUACCAUAUAUCAUUGCCUGUCAAACAAGAAAAUUGCACUUUCAAGUAUUUCCUUUUCCUGUAUUACAUGCCCUCAAAACAGUCAUCUAUCUGCACACCAUUACUCACUAAUAGAGGGGUAGUGGGCUCUUUAUGUGAGGCGACUGCCAUUAAAACGACUAAGGUGAAGAUCAUUUAUCAUAAUUUUUCAGUCCCCCUAAUAAAGUGUAAUGUAUUUAGAAGCUUAA